UUGGGGAGGGGGCUCCGAGCAUUUCCUUUUUCCAUUUAUAAUCACGCAGAGGAGCAGCAAUCAAGGCUGCUAUGGGGGCAAAUUAGCGAACAUUAAAGGGAAUUUAUCAGCCGAAGGAUCCGCCAGAAAGCGCAAACGGUCGCGUACGAGCGCCGAGAACGCGCAGGCUGAGCGGAUAAACCAGAGCUUGAAAGCUCUGUCUCUGGAUCCAGGAUCUAAACUUUUUUUUUUCUCCUCCGGACAGCAGCAGGAGCAGUCAGGAGGCUCGUGGUGGGAAGCAUUUCCUGAGGAAAUGUUGGAGCUUUUCUCCUCUAACCAGUUGAUGCCAAAUGUAAAAGUUUGGGACAAUGUGAAAAAUGGAGGAAAACUUCUCCAUCUUUGCGGGUCUAAAGUUUUCCAGAUGUCUCUCAUGAUGCAACAAGCGACUGUUUAGUGAAACACAUUCACGCCCAAAGGAGGGAAAAGGUUUGACAUUAUUUCAGGAGUUUUUACAGAUCACUGGAUUUGUUCUGAUCUGAAUUUUUUUUUUUUUGGAAUGAGGGGAAGUUAGGAGUUCCUGCUUUUCCGGGAGGAAAUUAGACUUCAGGAUGAAGAAGGAGGAAAAAUAAAGUUUUUAGGAACCGUCGGUUUCUGUGAGGGAAAUGUUUUUUUGGAUGAAUUUCUGAAACUUACAAGGGAAUCCCAAUGAGUGUCUCACAGGCAACACUCACUGACAGGACUCCAAACAUCCUCAACAAGGAGCUCACAGACAAGAAACCAAAGAGAGAGAAUUCCUCCAUCUCCCUCAAACACGAGUUUGAUCCCACAGGUCUGGUCCAGCGCUGUGUGAUCAUCCAGAGGGAUGAAAAUGGCUUUGGGCUGACAGUAAGUGGGGACAAUCCGGUGUUUGUGCAGCUGGUCAAAGAAGAUGGAGCUGCGAUGCGAGCCGGCGUGCAGACAGGAGACCGGAUCAUCAAGGUUAACGGGACUUUAGUGACACAUUCAAACCACAUAGAGGUCGUAAAGCUGAUCAAAUCGGGUUCCUAUGUAGCUUUGACCGUUCUGGGGAGGCCUCCGGGCCUUCCUCACAUCCCUCUGGAAGAGGAGAGGGAUGAGGAGGUGGGAGUGGGAGAGACCACCACAUCCUCCGCUCUUCCAUCAUCUCACUCCACUGAGAUCUCUGGGGGCGUGCCAAGCAGCCCCCAUGACCACACAACCUCCUCCAUGCCCGAUGGGUGCCAGGAUGGAGCCUCAGGGUCCAGGAAUGGUGAGGAUGAGGAGGGAGAUGGCAGGCUUCCUUACAGGGAGCAGACGUCGCCGUCACAGGGCGAAGGAGGACCCUGUGUCAACAACAGUGCUACGAACAGCCGGCUGCUCCCAGAGAGGAAAAGAAAGACGCCCUGUCACAGUCCCGACUUCAGCCGGAGAGACGGCCUGGACUUCUGCCCGUCGCCGGACUCUGAAGACGCUCCGGACACAGACUCCAGUGCACAGAGCAUCAUUGGAAGCCCCCCCUACUUCCUCAACCCCCAAAUUAUCGGAGCAGAGGACGAUUACUUUGACUAUCAGCAAGAGCAGAUCAGCGGACAGUGCAGCUGUUUCCAGAGCAUCGAGUCUCUGAAGGGUCGACCGGCUCACCUGGCAGUCUUCCUCCAUCACGUGGUGUCCCAGUUUGACCCUGCUCCUCUGCUGUGUUAUCUUUACGCUGACAUGCACAAGCAAACCAGCUCGAAAGAAACUCGCCGCUUCUUCUUAGAGUUCCACUCACUCUUUGUGGAUCGAUCAGCUAAUCUGAAAGUACAAGUGCCAGAAACAGUUGCAGCUGAACUAGAGAGGCGAAGGCUGGAGCUGAUUCCCGAGGAGCUCUGCCGACAGUACACUCUGUCCAUCCAGGAAGCACUUCUGUCGGAACUUCACGUCAACCUGGAAGACUUCAGGCAGAAGCGCAGCAUGGGUCUGACGCUGGCCGAAGACGAGCUGUCCCGGUUAGACUCGGAGCGCAAAAAGGAGCAGUCGACUUUGGAGAAGGAAUGCUCUUGCGCCGAGCGCGUCCUCUCCAAGAUCGAGGAUAUUCUGUUGACCUCACAGCCCACAGAGGAAGAGAAGUGCCAAACCAUGCAGUACGUGAUUCUCACCUACAUGAAACACCUCGGCGUCAAAGUGAAGGAGCCUCGCGAACAUAAACGCGGACUCAUGAACUUUCUACCCAAGAUUAAGGUGAAAAGACCUGAGAAACAUCUCCUGUCCCAAAUCCUCAACCCGCCUCGCCGCCUGAGCAAAGUGGACUCCACGUCAGUUGGAAAAGCGGUGGAGCUGAACAAGCAGCGAUCGCCAAAGCUUCCCCAGUCGCCCUUCAGCGUCUCCGACCUGCCCGACCCCUCUGCUGCCGGGUUCGUCAGAAACCGGGUCAACCAGCUCAGCGAGGGGUCGGACACCAGCACCCAGUCGGUGUCCUCCAGCACCUCCACGGCUCACGGCUCCCCCACCGCCGCCUCCACCUCCGACACCAGCGGGCCAGACUCCGACUCCAACGUGUCUCCCAUCUGUCUGCUGUCCAAACCCACUGAAGGUCUGCAGUCCAACGACCACCAUGAGAACCUCUCCAGCCCAACAAGCACUCAGUUCGACUUCAGCGCCGCCAACCUGGAGCAGCGGGAAGACGAUCAGGAGCCCUUCAGCAGGAUGGAUGUUCAGUGUGCAGCGAGUCCAGCCGACACCCAGAGUGAGGACGACCAGGGCGGGGAGCCGGAGACGGAGGAAGACCCUCUGAACUGGCAGAGGCUGGUCAGCCGGGGCGUCCUGGCCACCCUCACCCCGAAGGAGAUCAAGCGGCAGGAGGUCAUCAACGAGCUGUUUUACACUGAGCGCGCUCACCUGCGCAUGCUGAGGGUGCUGGACGGCGUUUUCUGCCAGAGGCUGAGCAGGGACGCCAUCCUCCUGCCAGAGGAGGUUAAGCAGAUAUUUGUCAACCUGGAAGAAAUCAUUCAGAUGCACGUUUCCAUAACGGAACACAUGGCCGCCGUCAGGAAACGCAGCGAGACGUCAGUGAUCGGGCAGAUCGGAGACGACCUCCUCUCAUGGUUCAGCGGGGAGGAGGAGGAGAAGAUGAAGAGAGCGGUGGGAACUUUCUGCAGCAACCAGCCUUCAGCUCUGGAGCUCAUCAAGACGAAGAAGAAAAAGGACCAGAGGUUUAACUCAUUCAUGCAGGAAGCAGAAAGCAACCGUUUGUGCCGCAGGCUGCAGCUGAAGGACAUCAUCCCUGUGGAGAUGCAGAGGGUCACCAAGUACCCGCUCCUGCUGGCUAAUAUCACUAAGUACACGGAUGAGGGAGAGGAAAGGGACAAAGUCAGGAAAGCUGCAGAAUGUUGCAAGAAGAUCCUCAACCAUGUCAACCAGGCUGUGAAAGAGGCGGAAAACAAACAGCGGUUGGAAGAGUAUAUGCGCCGGUUAGACCUCUCCUCGCUCAAACAGAGCGAAAACCCUCUGAUUCUGGAGCUGAAGAACCUCGAUCUGACCAAAAAGAAGAUGGUGCACGAGGGGCCUUUGUCCUGGAAAGUCAACAGAGACAAGACAAUUGAGCUUUACACUCUGCUGCUGGAGGACAUCAUGGUUCUGCUGCAGAAGCAAGAUGAGCGUCUGGUACUCAAGCUGCACGGCAAGAAUCUCGCCAGCAUUGCUGAUCUGAAGAACAUCUUCAGCCCCAUCAUCAAACUCAACACUGUUCUCGUCCGACCCGUGGCAACUGACAACAAGUCCUUCUUCGUUCUGUCCAUGUCGGAAAACGGAGCUCAAAUUUACGAGCUGACGGCUCAGACUGUCACGGACCAGAGAAUGUGGCAAUAUCUGAUCACUCAAAGUGCGGACUCCAUGAAGGCCAAAUCUCAUAACAGUGGCUUGCCUCAACCUCAGACGGAAGCCGAGCGGGACGUUAUCGAGAUUAUGAACAGCAACAUCCCCAAAGCCGGCGCGCAGACCAACGCUGUGACCAAUGGAAGCAUCACGUCGUCAGAUAAAGAGGCUGCCCUUCCUCUCGACAUUCCAGCUCCCGUCAACCCUUUUGACUGCCUAAAAUCGGAAGAUGAAGAAGAGGAGCUGACUGUAACAGGCAGGCAAGAGGAAGAGGAGCUGACUGUAACAGGCAGGCAAGAGGUAGAGGAGCUGACUGUGGCAGAGAGAUCAGAGGAAGAGGAGCUGCCAGUGACAGAAAGAGAGGAGGUUGAGGAGGAGGUGGAGGAGGUGGAUGAAGCAGAACUGGAGGCCUUCUUGAACGGGCAGCUGGCUGAGAGGCUGCUGCGGGAAUCUGCAGGAUCCCGUCAGGGUAUCGCCAUCCAAAGCGAGGAGAACAUGGAGUUCAGCUUCCCCUCCUCCAAAGCUGAAGAAGCUCUGCAGACCUUGGCGACACUGAGGCAGAUCCUCUUCACUCACUUGAAGAGCAGAGAGGCGGAGGAGGAAGGCGGGGCAAACAAGCCGAACGGGGCAGUUCAGAUGAACAGCUUUCCGCCCGCUCAGAUCGACUCAGGUUGUGAGGAGGGCGGUCCUGCCAAAGAGAACCCGCAGCCCUCCUCUGCAGCCGAAGGGCUUCUGGAAACCGCAGAGCAAAAUGGAGGUUUUGCGGUGUUUGAUUUUGGAGGAUGCUCCGACGAGAGCACUGCUGAAGAUGACGCAGACGUGGACGUCGCCAUCGACAUCAGGAAGCUGCUGUCCUCCUCUUCGCAGGCGGGGGCGAAUGGACCCAACCUGAGCAGGCAGCUGAUGACCUACCUGCGCCUCCUGCAGGCCGACCUGCAGCACCUGAAGGAAGUGGAGAUGAAGUACAAAGAACUGCGUCAAAUUCACGGCGAUGCCGUUCCCGACUCUGACAACACGGACGGACUCCAAUGAAGACAGAAGUCCAGCUGUUUGUUGAAGAAACUGGAGCCUCUGAAAACAUCCCGAUGAAGGCUUUAAGAGGCAGGAGAGGAAACCUCAAUCCUAAUGAAGAAUGCUUCACUGUAGCAGACAAAUAUGAUGGGAUGACUCCUAAAAUACGCUGGAUAAAUGUUGUGAAACACUGGAUUUAUUGGUCUGAAGAGGAGAAGUUUGACACAAAGAGAAUCAAGACCUUAAGGUGGAAAGAGUCAACACUUUCAGGUGUGAAAGUAUUCAAAGUGUUGCCCAGAAACAGCAGAAAUUAGCUGAAAACCUAAAACAGAAAUUAACAUUUGGACAACUGAGAUGAUUCAACGCCUAAACUAUCAAAGCGCCUAUUUUUGAAAGCAAAAUCUCUAACGGUUUCUACAGGUCAAAUCUCCCCCCUCCCUUUGAGAAAGACUAGCUGUGCCUUUUCCAUCUACAACAAGCUUCAGUGUCCAUAAAAAUCCAAACGCUUUUUUUUCUCCGCCGGGAUUUGGAGCCGCUCUUCAGCUUCAGGGUUUGGGAGGCUGUUCCGGCCGAUCUGCAGCCGCAGCCACCGGGUUCUGCUGACAUCAAUCCUCCUGCAAGCUUCCCCAUCACUUCUAGUGCUUCAAAAACAAGGUCACGCCUUGAUCCAAGAACCCCGUUAAUGUUCUUCAGCUGUCCUUUGCCUGCUGAAGCAAGAUCUCUAGAAAAGCAGCCGUCUGUGAAUAAAGAGCAGCCAACGGUCAACAGAAAAACUAAAGUUUCAGUGCUCUACAGCGCCUCCAUCUGGGAAAAUGAGGGAAAAACCAGUUUGGUUUCAGAGCAUUGCUGAGAUGUGAUGUCACAUCCUGUUUAGUCGCGUUCAAAGAAGCUAGAAUAUUUAUGCUGACACUGGAGAGGCUUAUUCCCAGGUUUCUGCCUUUUUUGUAUUAUAGUCAAGCUUUUAUAAUCCAACUAAUGUCCAAUAAUCCACGAAAAAGACGUGGAAAGAGGCAGAUCAGAUAUUUAGGAAACAAAGAUGUGACAAACAGAACAUUAAUGUUCCUAUCUGAAAUUAUUUAUGAAUAAAAACUGAGAGGAGGUAGUUUUCCCUGUUUGACCACUUAGUUGAAGGGUCUGAAGACUGUGCAUUACUCUUUAUAAGAAGGUUUUUUUUUUUUUUAUCAGCGAGUUGUUUGAAAUGCAUCUUUUGGGGACUUGAUCACAGCUUCUCUGGAGGUUUCAGAACUCUGUGCAUGAAUGUAGCAUCACAAAUAUCACUACAGUUUAUGCCAACAGGCAGUUUAUGAGCGAAACGGAGAUGAAAAUGAUGUUUUUUGGGUCAUCCAGAAUGACACGGCGCAUCAGCGUGUAAAUAGGACAUGAGUGCCGCCCCAGUUGUCUGUAGUUUUGCAGCUUGGAGCACUUUCUACACACACUUUUACUGGAUCUGUGGAUUUAACUUGAUUGGUUCAACAAAUGAAAAAGUUUGUAGUAAACGUGGGCACUUGGUUUUCACUGUCGGACUCCGGAGAAGUCCCCGCCUCCUCACUGAACCCUGAUAAUUGAUGGACAGGUCAGGACUGAUGUUUGACUCUGUGACCCGCCAAUCAUGUUGCUGUCAAACCGCCUCCUGAUGCUUCACCUGAGGAAAGAGUAGAGUUUGAAUGCAAAGUCUCCGUUAUUGUAUCUGCUGACACCAAUAAAAAAAAAAAGCAAUCAG